AUGUCCGCCGGAAACGGAACCAUGGGCAAGCUGCGCCAGUUCCACGACCAACACCUUGUGCUUCAUCCCUCUCCGGGCUCCUUCACCGCCGAAGGCGAGUCGGCGCGGUGGAGCAACACCGACUUGGACCCGGUGCCUCAGAACAAAAAGACGUGGGAAUGGUGGCAUGUUGGAGGCUUCUGGAUCGCUGAAGGCUUCAACCCUGCCCAGAUGCAGGUGCCUUCCUCGGCCGUCGCUCUCGGGCUGAAUCCAGGCCUGGCUCUCGUUGCCUGCCUGGUCGGCAACCUGCUCGUCACGGGCCCUGUUUGUAUUGUCGGAUAUAUUGGAAGCAAGUACUCGAUCUCGUUUCCGGUGAUUGCUCGAGCUUCAUAUGGCAUGAUCGGCUCAUACUGGGCAAUGAUCAUCCGCGGAAUCUUCUGUGUCAUCCUCUAUGGCGUGCAGGGCACUCUGGGCGGGAAUGCGGUGCGGUGCAUGCUCGAAGCCAUCUGGCCUUCAUUCGCCCACUGGCAUCUGCACAGUCUGCCUGCCAGCGCGGACAUCUCGGCCCCAGAUCUGCUCUGCUUCGCGCUCUUCUGGCUGUUCUCCUUCCCCGUCCUCUUCGUGCCUCUGUCGUCGUUGAGGUGGCUGUUCGCCGUCAAGAUCUUCAUCAUGCCGCUUUUCUACGUCGCCCUCUUCACCUGGGCCAUCACCGUCAGUCACGGAGUCGGGCCUCUGUUUUCCAUCCCGAACAACAUCACCAGUGGCUGGUCGGUUGGCUAUGUGUUUUGCUCUACCAUCCUCGCCACCAUCGGAGGUAACGCCACAUUUGCUGUCAACAUGGCCGAUCUUACCCGUUAUGCAAAGAACCCUCGAAGCUCGGCCAUCGCUCAGGCCUUUGCUCUCCCGAUCUGCAUCACAAUGACACUCAUGGCAGCGUCUGCCCAAGUGGUGUAUGGUGAGGUGCUCUGGAACCCCUUGACCAUCAUCAUGCUCUGGGACAACCGGGCUGGGAAAUUCUUCUCCGGGUUUCUGUUCGCAUUCGCCACCAUUGCUACCAAUGUUACUGGUAACAGUAUCCCAUUUGCCCACGACAUCACAGGAAUCUUCCCGAAAUAUAUGAAUGUCCGUCGAGGUCAAAUCAUCUGUGCCAUUUUGGGCUUUGCCAUGAACCCCUGGGUGAUCCAGGCCCGAGCGGCGCGCUUCUUCAAUUUUGUUGGAGGGUAUUCCAUUUUCCUGGGACCGUUGGUUGGCAUCAUGCUCUGCGACUAUCUCAUCAUCCGAAAAGCCCGACCAUUCAACAUGUAUCAGCUGUACAAAUCCCACGGUCUGUACUGGUACUGGAAAGGAUGCAACGUCCGCGCCCUGACCGCCUGGCUGGUGGGCGUGACCCCUCUGCUUCCGGGACUGAUCUACAACAUCAACUCCAACAUCAAGAUGGACCACGGUAUUCUGGAGUUCUACACUCUGGGCUGGCUGGAUGGGCUGGUCAUUGCAGCGUAA